ACCUGUUCGACGAAUUGCCCCCUGACCAUGGCGCUGCUACGCGCCGCGCUAACCCAGCCGUUCUCGCCGCGCGCCGCGCUCCCGGUCCGCCACCCUCCGACCUCGCUGACAGGCUCCGGGCUUGGCCUCGACUUCUCGCUUCCGCCACAUCCAGGCGUCGGCGCGCCGGGGCGCGCGUACCCCAGGAUCGAGGCGACGGCGAGGCGUGGCGCGCGCACGGAGAGCGCCAAGGUCAGGAACCGUCGGCUGCAGAAGAAGUUCAACGGCACGGCGACGAAGCCCAGGCUCUCGGUGUUCUGCUCCAACCGGCAGCUCUACGCCGUGCUCGCCGACGACCACAACAAGAAGAUCCUCUUCUACGGCAGCACGCUGCAGAAGGCCAUCUGCGGCGAUCCGCCCUGCGGCACCGUGGAAGCAGCCCGGAGGGUCGGGGAGGAGCUCGUCAGGGUGUGCAACGAGCUGGGCAUCUCCGAGGUCUCCUACGACCGCAACGGCUUUGCUCGAGGCGACAAGAUGAUGGCGUUCGAGGUUCCAGUCUCACAGCAUGGGUUCCUGCCAAGGUAGGCUGCAAACUGAAGUGUCGCCCCAGAAAGGAGGCACCAGGCUUGCACUGGCAGUUCACCAUAGCAGCUUUCAGGAGACAAGGAAAAGUUGGUCCCAUUCCAUGCGGAUUCACAAUUAUGUAUGAUCCAUCAGUCCUUGAUCAACAUGUAGUUCAUAUUUCGCAACACUCUAACAAAGACAGUUUCUUCGUACUCCUAGAGACAUGAUUCCAAUGCAUAUUGCUCAGCUCUCGUUACAUCCC